GUUUUUUUUAUUUUUGCCUUUUUUUUCUCGUCGGUUACGUUCGCUCACCGUUUCCGAUGGACUUUGAAUAUUUUGCCGUGCGACUGUUCCUAUAUGGAUAGUAAACGAGAGUGUUAAGAAAACAUACCAAUGGACUUUGACCAAACUGCAAGAAUGUUGAAAUAACAGGUAUCGACAUGGGCGACUAUUCUUAAAGUGGGGACUCGGCUAUCUGGAGGGGGCAACCGUACGACCAAUAACGCCCCAACUUAUGAUGUCAUCGGAGGAGGAGACAGAGUUCGGUUUGUACACAGAUAAGCUCCUGAAGAAAACCAAAAGAACCAGACAACGCGUGGACGCCGGCGAGCCGCGUAACUCUUACUCUUCGAUACCGAACUUCAGUUCGCGACCGAAUUUUCUCGGAACCAGUGGUAAUUUAUACGGCGCCAUUUUCACCCAACAUCAACAGUUCGGUCUUUUUGGACCGGGGUUCGCGCCCGCCAAAAUGCUCAACGAACUUCUGGGGCGCCAGAAGGCCGACGCGAACGGCGACGGCGUCGACGACUCGGUGAUCCGGUGCGACGGAAGUCCGCCUUCGGGAGAGGCCCUCGCACACCAUAUGCUGAGGGACAUCCUCCAGGGAAGGAAGCACGAGCUGCUCGCCCUCGAGCACGACAUGCGCAACGGACAGGAUCACAUCAUCAACAACAAUAACAACGACCCCAAGGCCAGUCCGGAACGUAGUGUCGUGGACGCGGCCGUGGCUAUGAAGGAGUGCCUAGCGGAGGCCGGCGUCGACAACCGGCAACAGGCCGAGCUGAUAGAAGAUGCAAUUAACGGCAUGGAAACUGAUUCGCUGCCGUCGCCGAAGGUGGAACCCGCGAGUCCCGCGAAACCGGAGGACGCCAAGAAGGCGCGAGUGGAAAACAUAGUGUCGGGGAUGAGGUCGAGUCCGGCACCGCCGCAGGUAAACGGCUGUAAAAAACGCAAGCUGUAUCAGCCGCAGCAGCACGACAGUAACGCGGAACGAUACAUUGACGACGAAGAGGAAGAAACCGAACCGAUCAGACAAAAACGGGUAGAGAAAAACCUGUUGAAAUCGCAGCUGAGAACGAUGCAAGAACAGCUAGCGGAGAUGCAACAGAAAUACAUGCAGCUGUGCAAUCGUGUAGAGCAAGGUUCGGAAGAGAGUCAAGAAGUGGAGGAAAUUCCAAGUGAUAGUGAACAUAGUAAUAAGAGAUCGGCGCCGCCGUCGCCGGUGACGACGACGUCGACGCCGACUCCCUCCCAACCGACCCCUUCGCUAGCCCAAGAGGUAAGCAAGAUGAAGAUAAGCCCUUCGGGUCCACCGCCGUUCCACAACGGCCUGUUACAUGCCCCGCAGCAUAUGAACAACGCCGCGGCGAUGUACCUGGGGCACAAAUUGUUGAUGGAACAAGAGGCGCGUUUAGCGAAAGAAGCUGCCGUGGCGGCGGCAAUGAGCAGUGAAUCGCAACCGCCACCACCGCAACAGCAGUUGCCGCAAACACCUCACAAACAGGAGAAUAUAUCGGAUAGACUGCACUUAAUGAGGAAUAUAGCAACGCCAACGGGCACAGAUCUCGAAGGACUCGCGGAUACCCUAAAAACUGAAAUAACUUCGUCUCUAUCUAACUUGAUAGAUUCUAUAUUGACACGUUUCGUCCAUCAGAAACGGUGUAAACAGCAGGACGCGGCCACGGCUGCCGAGCAGUUAAAUAAAGACCUGCUGAUGGCCUCUCAGCUUUUGGACAGGAAAUCGCCCAGGACCAAGGUGGCGGAGCGCUCUCAGGCGCCGCCACCGCCACCGAAUCAAAAUCACAUGGUAAAUGGAAAUGUGGGACCUCAAAUGAUUCCCGUACAUAAUAUGCAUAAUAACAACAACAUGCAAAAACCCGAUCUACAUAUUAGGCCUCCGAUGUUUCAGCCCCCUAAGCCGCCUCCAGGGAUUAGCCAGGCGCCACUUUACGGUAUGAACCAUCCGUUUUGCGUAUCCAAACAGGAAACGCCCGAACAAAAUGAAGCACUUAGCUUAGUGGUGGCGCCGAAAAAGAAGAGACACAAGGUGACGGAUACAAGGAUAACGCCACGAACCGUGAGUCGCAUCCUGGGCCAGGACGGCGGCAUGGGCAUGUCACCCGCGUCCAUGGAGCCCGGAACCGGAAGCGGAGCCUCUUCGUGCACUUCACCCCGGCCUCCCCCAUAUCAUCAAGCGCCGCCGAUGUUACCGGUUUCCCUACCAACAUCGGUGGCGAUUCCCAACCCCGGCCUGCACGAGUCGCAGGUUUUCUCACCCUACAGCCCCUUCUUCCAUGGACCAAGCCACGGCCAUCACAUGGCAAUGCAGGCUUCCUCAUCACCCCCUCGCAUGCACAAGAUCGAACGGGAAUCACCCCCCGUUCACCAUCCCCCCACGUUGCUACAUCCCGCGUUACUGGCCGCCGCACAACACGGCGGCUCCCCAGACUAUGGUCACAUGCGCGCCCCUUCGGGGGGCAUCAACAUGGACAAUGGGGACAGGAACUCGGACUGCAACUCCGGCGACAUAUCCUACGACGGGAUGCAGCCUACUAUAUCCUUUUUAUGCAAAAAUUACUGUCAAUCAAAUAUUUCCUUAACUGAUACACACUCGUCGACACUAACACCCAUGCACCUGAGGAAAGCGAAACUGAUGUUCUUCUGGGUACGAUAUCCCAGCUCGGCGGUUCUCAAGAUGUAUUUUCCGGACAUCAAGUUCAAUAAGAAUAACACUGCCCAGCUCGUCAAGUGGUUCUCAAAUUUUAGAGAGUUUUACUACAUCCAAAUGGAGAAAUACGCGAGACAGGCUGUAUCCGAGGGUGUCAAGAAUGCUGACGAUUUACACGUUGGAGCCGAUUCCGAACUCUACCGGGUGCUCAAUCUUCAUUACAAUAGAAACAAUCACAUCGAGGUAUGGGGCCCACAGGUUCCUUCAAACUUCAGGUUCGUAGUCGAGCAGACGCUCAGGGAAUUCUUCAAAGCCAUCCAAGAAGGCCGGGACGCGGAACAGUCCUGGAAGAAGUCUAUUUACAAAAUCAUUUCCAGGAUGGACGAUCCUGUACCGGAGUAUUUCAAGUCACCGAAUUUCCUGGAACAGCUGGAGUGACCGGCUGAUGGUUCCGGGAUCAAGGCGGUACCGCCGAUGGUGUCCCUCUCUGUCGAAGGAGUGUGGUACUAACUGGCGGCACCGCCCAACAUGCGAAUCGGUGAUGGUUUUGAAAUUCCGCAGACAGUUGUUAUUCAGAACAUUGUUAUUAUAAUAGUUGUGUUAACAGGACAAUUUUAAUUGCGCUUACAACAAGCAAAAAAAGUGAAAUAUUAAUACAGAAAAAAGAGAUCAAUCAAUUUAAAGCAGUGAUCACCUGAAUAUUAUACUGGGUAGAAUUUAUACAUUCUUAAGAAUGCCGAGUCCAAAAUUUUUGUAUCAAGCCAGCAGAUAGCAAGUUCAAAAUCUGCACUUUGAGUUUCUUGCCGGAAAAUACAUUCCUUAGUUUACGUUUGGCAGGUUUCCGUUUAUUGCCCUCCGUAAACUGCGCUGUGUCCACGGACACUUGUACAUAUGUAACGAACAAUUCCCGAUUUGUAC